CUUCCUCUCCAUCCUCUCCCCUCUCUUUCUCUCUCUCUAUCUCGCACUCUCUCCCUCUUGCUUUUGCUGUCUGGCCUGCCUCUCAGAUCGGCCGCAAAACUUCACCGCAGCGAGUGCUACCCAUCGCGCGCCGGGCUUACUUUAUCGACUCGAAGCUUCUCUUCUCGAUUCGUUCCGACUUCCGCCACCCCUCGCCCUCCUCCUUCCCACAGCGCAACUCGUCAAAAUGGGCGGCGGUGAUCUCAACAUGAAGAAGUCCUGGCACCCAGCCCUGCUGGUGAACCAGGACAAGGUGUGGCAAGCGGAGAAGAAGGCGGCCGAGGAACGCAAAGCGUUGCGGCAGCUUCAGAAGGAGCGGGACGAAGAACGCCAACUCGCCGAGCUCCAGCGACUACAAGAGGCGCAGACCGGCAAGAAGCGUGUCGAGAAGCUCGACUGGAUGUACGCGGCCCCGUCGACCUCGGAGGGCGCCAUGGGCGGGGGCCGCACCGAGCGCGAGCUGGAGGACUACCUCCUCGGCAAGAAGCGUGUGGACGAGGCGCUGCGCGGCGCCGACAAGGACGUGGGCAACACGUCGAAGGACUUCAUCGCGCUGCAGAACGCCAACACGGCGCGCGACACAGCCGCCAAGAUCCGCGAAGACCCCAUGUUCGCCAUGGAGAAGGCCAAGGCCGCGCACCUCGCCGCGCUGGCCAACCGGCCUGAUGUGCGCCGUGCGCUCAAGGCUAAACAGGAGAGCAAGGAGGACCGCCGGGAGCGCCGCCGCGCUGAGAAGGAGGAGCGGAGGCGGGACCGGCAUGAGAGGCGGCGUGACUACUCGGACGACGACCGGGACCGGGAGCGCCGCCACCGCCGCGACGAUCGUGACGACCGGAGGCGCGACCGCGACAGGUACGAUGACGACCGUGACCGUGACCGCAACCGCCGCCACCGCGAUCGCGACCGUAGCGACAGGCGCCGCGACGACCGCGAUGACCGCGAUGACCGGGAUCGGAAGCGCUCCCGCUCCCUAUCUCCCCGCCGCGACGACCGUGAGCGUAAGCGCCGUGACUCGCGCUCCGAUUCACCACGCCGCGACCGCGACCGUACGCCUGUCAAGCGUGAGCGCGACAUUUCGCCAAAGCGCGAGCCCCGCAGUUCGCGUGAUCACCGUGAGCCCUCGCCAGUCAAGCGCGAGCGUGAUAUUACACCCAAGCGCGAGCCUCGGAGCCCACGCGAGAGCCGAAACGGAAGUGACGUGCGCGACUUCCGCAACGGCCACGAGAAUGACGAUGCUCGCCCCCGUGACCGCCGCGACCACCGCGACCGCAACGGAGCACCACGUGACUUCAGUAAUGGCAGCGACCACCGCAACGGCAACGGCCGCAGCUACGACCGCCCACCUCCCCCGCGCCGCCCCUCGCCCGAGCGCAAGCCCGCCGGCAACGCGCUCGACGACAUGCGCGCGGCGCGUCUCGCUGCCAUGUCGGGCGCCGCGAGCCAGAUGUACGCCGAGCGCUCCACGAAGCUUGCGCAGCGCGCCGAGGAGGAGAAGCGCGUGUUCGAGGCCGAGGAGCGCGCGCGCGCAAAGUACCACCGCGACGAGGCGGCGGGUAUGUUCAUGAAGCACCAGGAGCAGCUGGGCGGGUCGGUUGGGCUGGCGGAGAGCCUCCAGCGCCGUGGCGGAAAGGGUCUCUUGCGCGAUAUCUAGAAUGGCACCCUCGUUUCUCAGUGUAAUGUAGCCCAUGUACGCAUUUUCUUGUCUGU